AUCCGCCCUCCCGUCCCCUAUUUAAUUUCGCUUCCCACCAAAUUUAAAGCACGUAGAGAAAUAGCGGAAGAAGAAGAAGGAGAGAUUGAGAGAGACGAUGUCGUGGCAAACGUACGUCGACGAGCACUUGAUGUGCGAGAUCGAGGGCCACCAUCUCACUUCGGCGGCGAUCAUGGGCCAGGACGGCAGCGUCUGGGCGCAGAGCGCAUCCUUUCCUCAGUUUAAGCCUGAGGAGAUCACCAAUAUAAUUAAUGAUUUCAAUGAACCUGGAACGCUUGCUCCAAUCGGCUUAUUUCUUGGUUCAACAAAGUACAUGGUCAUUCAAGGAGAGCCUGGAGCUGUAAUCCGAGGAAAGAAGGGAUCUGGAGGCAUCACUGUGAAGAAGACUAACCAAGCUUUGAUUUUUGGAAUUUAUGACGAACCAAUGACUCCAGGCCAGUGCAACAUGGUUGUGGAGAGGCUGGGUGAUUACCUCGUUGAUCAGGGCCUGUAGUUCCGCAAUCAAAACAUGCCUCCCUCUGUUUUCCUACAAAUGGAGAUGUGAAAUUUUCUUCAUUUCCGUGAUUUUUGGAACAACCAGGGUAAUAAUAAUUCCAUAAACAGACAGGAAUAUCAAAGUCCGGUGUGCCUUUGUCCCUUUGUUGUCCUCAAAUCAUAUGCCAUAUGAUGAAUUGGAUUUCUUGGAUUCUCCAUGUAUGCUCUUGAUUUUUUUUCUCCCAAUCUUUAUCAAUAAGCUAUUCUUUGAGCACA